AUGUGCCACUUUCAGGUCUCUUCACACUGCUGUGUGUGUUCAAUUUUUUGACAUAGGGUGCUGGCAGAUUACGGGCCUCCCAUAGCUGCUGCCAGGCCCCUAAUCUGCCAUGGGCCCCUAUAUACCGCCUCCUCAUGCUGCUGCCAAGUCCAGAGUCUCUCAUGGGUCCCUGUACGGCCUCCCAUUGCUGCUGUCUCCAUCGCCACACUCUGCCAUGUGCCACUUUCAGGUCUCCUCACACUCCUGCUGGUUUCCAUUUUGUCAUAGGUUGCUGUAUGGCCUCCCAUUGCUGCUGCCUCCACCGCCACACUGUGGCUCCAAACACUGGUUUUGGCCCCGUGACUGGCCAAAUGAGUGAAGUGUGCGGUGAUUCUAAGAUCGACGGCACUCAUCUGCAUGUCAUACUG